AUGGAUUUUACCAACACGAUUGACGGAAAGCCAGACGAAUUCCAUCAAUCCUUGGACCGUAAAAGGUAGGCAACGUAUUGAUUUUUACACGUGUGAAUUUAUAUGUACAAUAUGCUGAGGAAAAAUGAUUCGCUUUUCGUUUUAGCAUAUUCAUUGGCAGCUAAAGGGGGGAUUUGGGACUAAUUUUUAGCAUAUAAAUCACGAUUGAUGAUCGAUUUGUACUCACAUUGUUGUCUGUUUACAUGGCGUGCUCGGUCCUGCAUAAAAUUUUGGAUCAUUUUUACAAUUUUACAGCAAGCUGUCAUGCUUUGAAUAGAAAUUACAUACAAGUGUUGGUAUAUUUUAGUUUUAUUUAUAACGUUGGAGCUUUAUUUAUUCUUGCAAAUCCGUGGAAAAGCUUAAUUUCUGAAAACUGUUUGUUGUCUGUGGUUUUGACCCUGCAGGCUGCAUAAUUCAAGAUGGCUGCUGUAAUAUUUUAUGCAAUUUUUGUAAUAAAUGGCAUCUGAUGCAUUUGUAAUUUUUAAAAGGUAAGUAUGGAGCGUAGGAAUUUAUGAUCUAUGUUGAACGGAUUAAUUUGAUUGUCCAAAGUAUGUAUAUAUGACUAUUUUAUCAGAAUUUCAUAUACAGCUGCAUUUUGCAGUCUGCAUCAUGCAUGCAGGUUUUUGUAUUAAAACGAAGUGGUUAUUUGCGAUCUGAUGCUACUCUACAAACACAAUUUGUCUGGCACAAUCAUUUUCUUUGUUUUAGUAUUAAAUUUCAUUGUUUCCAAGCAAAUCCUCUGUAGUCUAGUGGCUAAACCCGGGACAUCCAGGAUAGCCAGGACAACAUAAUUUAUUAACAAAUUGUAUAUAUUGCAUUUUUAUGUAACUAUCUUACAUAAACGCAAUAGUUCAUACCUCCAGAUACAGCUCACAAAACUAGAGCACCUUUACCUCAAAUGCAUCUCUCUAAAACAGUUAACUGAUGAACCAACAAGAGGCAGUCAACCAGGGUGGAAAGUUUGUAGGUUGCGCUGAAGAUUUUCGGCAUGGAAAAUUCACAAAUUUGCUCCAUUUUGGCACAGAAUUAUGGGAAAUGAACUGGUAUGGUGCACUAGCAAUGUUCUCAAGCAUUUCUGUUUGUAUUUCAGCCAUGUAAUAACGGUAAUUUGAUUGAGCACUGACUGUGAAUACGUUUAAAACGGGAUUUGUGCAGCCACUGGUGCAUGUUACUGAACCUUGAUCAAAUCUUCAGCGCACAAAAAACAAACUUUCCACCCUGGGCAGUCAAGACUUUGUGUUUACCAACUUGCUUUUACGUGAAUGAGGUCCUUGCCGUCCCAAUCACCUCCAUACUCAGUGGAUUCAUCAAGUAGAAUUGUCGGAGUCUGUUUGGUUGAAAAUGGAAAUAAAGUGUUAAAAAUCCCAUUCGUCCAUACCUCUCAACAAGCCAACAUUCCAUCGAGAAUGGGACUUGUCUCGUGCUAGCCACUAGAGUUUUAUAUGUCAUGUUUAGGCUAGACUUUUUGCACAAUUUCAUCAGAAAACCAUGAAAAUUAUAUUUCUCCCGGGACACUGGGACAAGUUAGUCUGAACUUGGACACAUGAAGUGGGAAACAGGGAACCAGGGCAGUGUUUGCUGUGAAUGUGUGGCCUGAUCAGGUUGGAUGAGGACUGGUCAAGUUAGGGUAGAGGUUGUUAGAGUACAGGCAAGGUUCAGGUUUUAUUGUUGGAAAUGACCAAUGGCUAUUUGAGUAUUGAAGAAGGGCUAUGGUGGAGCAGUCGUCAGAGCAAGUACCUUGCAACAAUCAGACUAGGAAUAAAGGAAUACCGAAUGGUUUUCCGUGCAGGAUUGUGUGAUCCAUGCACGAAGGAUGUCGCGAGACUUUCGGAAAGCGUAAAAAUACUCGAGCCGCAGGCGAGUGUAUUUUUACGCUUUCUGAAAGUCGAGCAACAUCCCCAGUGCAUGGAUCACGCUAUCCUGCUUGGAAAACCAUUUGGUAAUUGUUUUAUAAAAUAACUACAGUGAAACAAUGACAUUUUGAGAAUCCCGCGAAAAUCCUGCGAAGGCAUUUUAAUUCCUUGUGCAGGAUAGCCUGAUCCUGCACGGCUAUUGACCAAUCAAAUUGCGUGUUUCACUGUAGUUAUUAUAUAAUGUUUGUUCCUGAGAGUAAUGUCCAUUUUUCUUUCAUUUAUGUCCAAAAGUGAGACAGAUAGUGAACGUAGCGAUCAUGACGAUGUUGCAUCUUCGAUAUCGGAAGAACGUUAUCCAGCAUUUGAAACACUGUAUGAGAAUAUAUACCUUGGGAACAAGUAAGUGGUUUUCUAAGGAACUAUUUUACUAGCUUUAUGCUGAUGACUUAUGUUGAUCAUGUUUAAUUAAUUAACUAGCCUUGUGUUGCAACCCUCGCAAUUCAACUAUUUUUGCCUCUGCAAAUAAUUGCCGAAAAGUUGACGGUAAUCACGCGACGGUCUAAAAGAUAAAACAAAGUUUCUCGACGUGCCGUCUUUAAAGAUUGUUCUUUAUUUCAGCCGAAGCUGACACUGAAAAGCUCAAAUUUAGGUAUUUUGUAAAGUAGCUAUGAGUGAAAUCUUCUGUUGUUCACCUGACUUCGAUGAUAACAAUUCGAACAAAGAAAACAAGUAAUGCAAAAACGAACACUGUAGUUUGUAAAUUUAAGCAAAAAAAUGAACAGACGCUGUAGUUUGUAAUUUAAGGUACAACGGGUGGAAUUGCCUCGGCAUUUUUUUGCCGAGGCAAACUAUGAAAAAUCGUAACUUGCCUCGGCAUUUGCGUCGGCAAUUGCCUAGUGCCGAGGCGAAUUUCGAGGGUUGUGUUGACGACCGAGCUUGUUGAAGUUGCAAACAUUGAAGUUUCAUAAGAGAAAUGACAAUCUGUGACUAUUUUGUCAUUGUUAAUAUUUGUGUGCAUCUUCUAUAGAAAGAAGAGAGUCAACAAGGAAAUCCGUAGGAUGUCAUGCGACUGCUCUUAUUGUCCAGGUAUCAAUCCAUGUACACUCUGGGCUCUUCUUAACUUGUUAAGAUGUUACGCGAGAACUCGUUAAUGGUUAAUUACAUAUUUUAUUAUAUUUAGAUGAGAAUGAUUUUGUUGGAUGUGGUGAUGAUUGUCUAAAUAGACUUCUUAUGAUUGAAUGGUACUGUAUGAUAAAUAUUGACGAGGAAUUUCACCAAAAUCAAAUUUCACAUUUUGGAUGAAUUUUACAUUUUAGCAACAACAGAUGUCCUUGUGGAGAAUUUUGUUCCAACAGAAAAUUCCAAGAUGGACAAAAAAUUCAUGUUGAAGCAUUUAGGACAGACAAGAAAGGAUGGGGAUUGCGGACAUUGGAAGAUAUUUCAGCGUGAGUGCUUUAUUUAUAGUUCUAUCAGUUCUAAACUGUCCCUCCCUUAUUAGUAUGUUGUUAAGGAGGAACCAUCGAAAAACUUAGAGAAAACCUGCAAUGUUUGGUAGAGUCAAACUGGAAGACGACUUCUCGCAUAUGACUGAGGCACAGAAUAGGAACCAUACAGAAGGUCGACUUCUCGAUUUUGGCAUAACCAUUGCAAUGCUGUUGUCAUGGUCCUAAUUUAAAAUGGUGGAUGUUCAGGGGGGUGAUGGCCUCUCAUAACUGCACUGGCUAGGAACAUGGUGAUAGUAUUUCGAUGUCAAAUCAUUGCAAACCAUGGCAUGGUAGUGGUUACACUUUUUUGGCGAAGUUGACCUUCUGUUUGUCUCUAUUCUGUGACCGAGGUGAAAUUAUAAUAAGACAACUGUAUAUUGCAGGAAUCAUAUUGUAACUACCAAAACCUUUAUCAUUUGCUUGUCAAAAUGUGAGGCUAUGCGUUCCAGUCACUGUCGGUUUUAUCAUGAUAGGAAUCAAUUUGUGAUGGAGUACAGUGGAGAGGUCAUGGGUUAUGAAGAGUUUGAGAAACGUGUUGAGAUGUAUGACAGAGAGAACAGACGUCAUUAUUAUUUCAUGACACUGAGAGCGGACGAGGUAAGCUUGUGUUUGGGAGUGCUGGCGCUCAAUAAGUCAAUCAGUUGUUUGGUUGGUCUAUCACCUUUUAAGACCGGGAAUCAGCAAGUGAACAUUCUUUGUCUUACAGAUUAUUGAUGCAACAUACAAGGGAAACUUAUCUAGAUUUAUUAACCACAGCUGUGACCCAAACUGUGAAACACAAAAGGUAAAGUAGGACAGCCUUUUUGAAUAAAUCUUACAGUCUUGCAGUGUCUUGCAGGAAUAUGUACAGUAUAAGCAUGUUAUAUAGCUCCAUUUACACUUCUAAUUUGUGCAUAGAUUUUACAUGCGAUUGUAUGGAUGAAUUAUGAGUGUUCAGAUGAUGUACAUAUACCCAGAAUAUUCAUAACUCAUCUACUUGUUCACAUGCAUCAGAACAAGAAAACACACUGAGAUCACAGCAAAAAAUUGCAAGUGUAAUUUAUGAUAUUAAACUGCAAUUUAUUCUUUUGCAGUGGACGGUGAAUGGAUAUUUAAGGAUAGGUUUCUUUUCUGUGAAAGACAUCCCAGCUGGCAUGGAGCUGACAUUUGAUUACAAGUUUCAACGAUAUGGGUACAUAUGGUUUAAUUUAUUUCCUGUUAAUACUUGUAGUUGACUCCUCCUGAAUUUGCAUGAGUGAACAUGAACGUUCAAAAGCGAAUGAUUUUUUCCCCAACUGGGGCCGGUUGUUCAAAUUUGGGUUAGCGCUAAUCCUGGGUUAAAAUUUAACCUGCUAUUUUAGUUUGUGUAUUUCUGCACGUCUGUUUAUUUCAAAAUUUCAGAGAAGUCAACUCCUAUCGAUCCAGACAAGAUCUCUGAAGAAAUAUUUCCAAAUUUAUAGACAAGCUGUCAGGAAGUUUGCUUUGAAUUUUAAGUUAACCUAGGGUUAAGCUAACGACCGGCCCCUGGAUACUAAGAAAAUUUCAAACAUUAGGAAAACGUUAAGCACCUCUGACAGUUUCCUGAUAGCUUUUGAGUACUGUGAGUUUGCCACCCAAGUCUUUCCUUGUAUCAUGUGCAUUUUUGUGUAUUAAUGAAUUGUCUAGUUGUUGACUGUUGAAUCUCCUGUUGUUAUUGUAAUUUGUAAUUAGAGUGAGAGUUAUGGAAACUUAUUUGGAUGGGAUGAGGGUAUAAUGCUUAUGGUACCCAGGGUUGCCAGGUCUCAGGGCAUGCUCGGAGCCAAACACUGUAUAAAAUGAGGCCAAAUUUUACCAAAAGAGGCCAAACUACUAAUUUUUCAAAAAGCCUAAAUGCAACCUCGGCCCAGGGCCUUCCUCGCCCUAAUGAGGAAGGCCCUGGGGACGAGGUUGGUUAAAAUGAAAGUAUGAAACGAAAUUGAGCUUUAGCCAGUUACGUAGGAUUUCAUUUAUACAAAAAUAUUCGUGAGGCGGACGUCUGCGAAAACAGUACCAAUUAAGCUUGAUCCUAUAUAUUAUGAUUGGCUAUUUUUAUACACUUACAAUUGGCUGAAUUUUGUGAACUGUGAUUGGACGAAACAAGCAGCUAAGUUAUCCGCAUAAUGUAGGAUGGUUGCUCCGAGAAGUGAUAGACAAAAUUUUGUUUCGUUUUGGCCUGUUUCUCAUGAUUAAUUUAGUAUUACACAUGAAAUUAAAAAUAGCUCUUGAAAAUAAAAAGAGGCCAAAAAGAAGCCAAAUGGCCAAAUUUAUUUUUCGAGGCCAAGCAAGAAAAAAAAGAAGCCAAAUUCGAGUUAUUUGGCCUCCAAGAGGCCAAUCUGGCAACCCUGAUGGUACCCAGUAUCCAGAAGUGGGAUGCUGGAUUCUCAGGGGGAUACUAAACAUUGAAUCCUGGUUUCCGAGUUGGAUACUGAGAAAAAAUUUAAAUUUCAGACCCUUUAUAUGAAUAUUAUUUCCCUGCAGAAAGAAAGCUCAAGCAUGCUAUUGUGAGUCUCAAAAUUGUCGUGGAAUUAUCGGAGGAGAGAAACAUACUCCACUCAAGUCCAUAAUCUCUGGUAGACCGGGUAGGUGAAAUUUUCAACGCUCAAUUUACAUGAGAUCGUAAAACUGAGAGCUUAUGUUAAUCCUCUCUAGCUUCGCCCGCCCCUGCCAACUCACCAAGAAGAAAUCGAAGAAGGCGAUUGGCUGAGCAGUUUGAUGAUAAACCAGUAAGAUUCAGUUAUUUUUAUACUGCCAUUUUACAAGUUAUAUACCUACAACACCCAUUUUCUAUUUUGUUUUCCAACUCAAAGACUUGAUUCUGAAACCAUGUAAGACUACAUUCAAAUGUAAGACUACAUUCAAAUGUAAGACCCAUACCGGGUUUUACAUUUUGAAUUCAUUUUCAAUUCCUCUCAAGGACAAUAGCAAAUGGGUCCUGUGUGAUAGGCAUAUAAAUACCUCCCAUUUGGUUUUUGCCCUAUAUAUAUAUAUAUAUAUUGGUGGGUUUCAGCAUUACCACAGCAGAUAGUGUCCACUUCAGAAAUGUUGACAUUUAUGGGAACAAGCAAGUAAAUCUCUUAAUUCUAUUUCUUCCCUCUAUACACAAGACUACUACACAUAAUGAAAAGAUUAUUCUCCCACUGAUAGCUGCUAGUUGACCACUAUCUGUUGUGCGAUGGUGCCUUGAGUGAAACGCAGCUCUUCUAAUAUUUUGUGUUUUUUCUUGCAUAAUUCUAGCUGGAAAUUGAGAUAGCUCAAUUACUUGCCGGUGACAAGGGAAUAAAAACAGACGACCAAGCGCUCAAACUUUCGCAAUUCAUGGUCCGAGCAGAAACGACAUCUCAACGACUCUUACUGCUGGAUGCACUCGCGGUAAAGUCUUAAUUUAAGUUUGUUAACUCGCUUCAAAUGACAAAAUAUUCCUUUCAGUGAACCUUUCUUUAUUUUGUUGUAAACAGACGAAAUAUUCGAGUAUAAAAACUAAUCAUAUGACAGUUCUAGAUCUUUACAUAACACUUAGAAUAUAAAAUUAGUGCCAUAAUAUAGUCGCGACCAAGUGAUCAGAAUGUCCGAAUGUCUUCUCAUUGUUUUGAAAUCCAGUGUCAUCCAAUGUUUUGAAUAUUUUUAUCAUUUAUGCAAAUAUCUAUUGUUGCUAUAAGGUUAAGCGUGAAUGGUAAUUGAAAGGUGACUGGUUUAUUGUACUUAAAUAUUAUUUGUUUAUAAGUCUUGCAUGAAGCUAAAAUAUUUCCAAGCCACGAGUCACUGGUUGACAUAGAGAACAGUAGGAUUUUCAAAACAAUGAAAAGACUAUGAGACUAAUUGCAUAACAAUAGCUUGUUAUGGUAAAUUUAUGCUAAGUUAUUUUGAAUACUUUUAAGUACUGUAUAAAAGGCCAUAUAAUAAACAGAGCGAUGCCAUUUCUUGUUCAUAUUUAGGCUACGGUAGAUCAAAACUGUUUGCGGAAUUUUGUGAAAUAUCAAGGCUUAUCACUUCUCUGGAGUUGGAUGGUUGAUCUCGGAGAAAAUUCGUUACAUCUUCAGAAGACGGUUCGUAUCUCCGUGCAAAGAAAUUUUGAAACGACAUGCAGUGAAAAUGUUGUCAACCUUAGAUUAGGCUGCAUGUAUCUCUCAUGUCUGUAACCGAGCUUCGAUUCCCGCAAUAUACAGUUGUUUGAUUAUAAGUCGCAGGGUACAUUUCUACCCGACACCGUGGGUUUAUUCUUGGGUUUAUUCUUGAUAUACUUCGGGUUUCUCCUGUAGAGUAACACGGGAACCGAUAGAGCUGACUAGUAUAAGAAAGUUUGUUUAUUUUAAGGCCCUGUCACACUAUUGCAUAUCGUACUAGCGUAAAGGUUGUAUACGUUUCACGUAUUCGGACGUAUGGUUUAUACUAGCGUAAAGGUUGUAUACGUUUCACGUAUUCGGACGUAUGGUUUAUACGAUAAGCAUAAUCUAGACACACGUUGAAUACGCUAGAGGUACGCCAGAUGUACGGUACUCAUACGCUGGCAUUUCAAAGGAUUUUUGUGCGUAUGAAAAUUAUUUCAUUAAUUUUUAUACGCUUCUCUCAUACGCACUAGUGUGACAGGGCCUUUAGAUAUGGCAUGUGGCCUAGUAAAGUAUGGUCCUUACUGAAUCUCUAGGAAGAACUGUAUAGAACUGGCUGAGCUGUUCAGUAUAAAUAAUGUUCAGUUUUAAGAUCAUUCAAUGUUACAACUUAUGAAUAACUACUUUACUAUAUAUAGAUCGUUCAAGUGCUGAAACAUUUGCCAGUUGCGAACUUGAACCAAAUCAAAGACACGAAGGUGCUCAAAGUUAUCAGCAAAUGGGCCAAGAAGCCUUCGGUGUCGUGCGGGCCCGAGGAAGAAACGAGUUCUAGCGACGUCGAUUCACGAGGACUUAGCCCACCGGACGCCUUAGACGAUGCAUCGAGGCGGGAACUUCACAUCAGCUCGAGUUCGGACGAGUUACAAAACUCCUCGAAAAGCAUCGAAACGCAAAAACUCACGGAGAAUGACGGCUCAAAAUCUGAAGUUGAAUGUAGGGCAGUCAAUCAAAGCGAAAAGAUCACAGAAUCCUCACCAAUGGAGGACAGUGUUUUCGAACCUGGGGAAAUACGAUCUGACGAGGAACUAAAACCCGAGGGUGAUAACCCCGAGGGUCUUAAGUCGGAGGGGCUAAACGCCGAGGGGCAAAAACCCGAGGGAGUUAAAUCGGAGGAGCAAAAAUCCGAGGGUCUAAAACCCGAUCGGGUAAAAAGUUCUCGUCGGGAUAAGCGUAGUAUAUACAGUAGGAUAGUUGAGAGAAUUGGGGAUUCGUCAGAAGAAGAGUCAUCAAGAUGGUCGGAAGACGAUACGACAUCCAGUGAUAGCGAAUCUAUUGUUGAUCUAGCUGCUGAUUUGUUGGACCAGUGGAGCAGUUUAAAGGUAAUGUAUCUGCGGCUUAUUAAUGGUGGUUUAUACGAGAGAUGGAUGAUCUGACUGCACAGCAAAAAAAGAUGUCUGAGAAUUACUUGUUUAUAAACACAGCAAACUGUCAGGGGGCGGAUGUAUGAAGGCCAGAUAGAGCUAUCCCCCCAAUUGUGUUUUUUCAGGCUUUCUGAAAUUACCCGUUGAUUUUUGUAACCCAGAUUAAACGUAAGUAUUUAACAAUUGAAGUUCCUUUCUUUUAAUUGUGAAGUCCAUUUUUGCCGUUUUACAACGUUUCAAGCAAUUAUAUAGUGGUGGAAAAAUCACUCCAGUGGAUAGCGGCCUUCGUAUAACCGCAAUAAAAUUGUUAACUCGCUUGACUUAUAAUUUUGGAUAUUUUAUUUCUUCGUGUAUUUAGGAAGUGUAUCGAAUUCCGAAAAAGUCCACGAACGUGGUGAGUAUUUCAGUCCUGAAAUGACAAUACUUGUUUACUGUAUUGUUGUAACAGUCCGGGUGUAGGUUUAAAAAUAUUGUGUAUUAUUUCAGGUACAGCGUGAACCCGAAUCUACUUCAGGAACGUCAGAAGGUAAUACAGUAUUCAUUUGCGUUAUCAUUAUGAUGGACCCGCUGAGAUAGACAUUGUUUUAUUUUUCAUGUUAUAGUUAUACUUCAUGUAUUUACUGUAUAUGUUCUUUCACAUAGGGACAGCAUCAGAUUCAAAUCAUAAUGUCAGGUUCGUAUAUUAAAUGUACUACAGAUUUCUAAUAUUUAUUUAUCCAUCUAACAUAAUCUGAAUAAUUUAACCAUCAAGUCCGUGUUUAACUUAACUAGGCAAUAGGUUAUAGAGAUGUAUAAUUUGCCUGCGUGUACAAGUGUCACGUGGUUUAUACUAAAACCAACCAAUUGCAUCAUUCCAAUCUUUCCUAGAACGGAGAGAAACGCUCCAGUUAUUCCAAAAAUCGAAGAAGAUCUUUUCAAAAAAGACGAAUUCCUUUCGAAACUUGGCGAACGCGACUUUCACAAUCCCAAAUCAUCUCAGCGCAACACACCACCUACGUCGAGCGAUAUUCCAUCUCUCAUGGCUGCUGGCUACGCCGAGUCCAGUGAAGGCGCCCAUGAUCUAAGCAGAAUGCCAAUUCAUCAACGCUUACAGAAUGUGGCUAAUACGACCAGUGAAGAGAAGUUUGCAGGGUGGCAUGCCAAGGCUGCUGCUAGGAGGGGUGGUCGUAAGGGGCCUUACCCUACCCCUAGAGGCCCACAACCAGAUUGGCCAAUUCAUCAAACACCAUCGCAAUUUAACCCACCUACCACAAACCCUUCUAACCAUCCUGGUAUGCCCAGACCAAACAUGCCGAACAAUCAAUGGCACCAGCAAGAACCACCAUCCCAUAAUCCUUAUCCUAACCCUUCACAUGGCCCUCAGGGCGGGGUGCAACCAUCUGCUCCACCUCAGUACCCUCCAGGAAAUCAAAACCCUGCACAACCAGGCCAACCACCCUACUUUCAACCGUCUGAGCAAUCCAAGCCUGAACAGCAAACUGGAUAUCAAACAACAUGGAAUUCAAAUCCAACGUUUGGGCAAGAGCAGGGGGCUGGUCACAUGCCACAGGGUGCAAGUCACAUGACACAGGGUGCCAGUCAUAUGCCACAUGGCUAUGGUCAGUUGCCACCACCUCCACCCCAACAUGGCCAGGUUACUCAGGGGCAAUUUCCCCCCGGACAUCAAGUUCCACCCAACCAAGGACAUCAAUACACUCCUGGCUAUACAAACCAGACCACACCAUUUGGUUAUCAACAAUCAGCCAAUCAAAACCAACCAUACUCUCAAUCGGUCUUCAACCCAUUCAUACAAAACCAAAAUAACCCUCCGUCACACCAAUUUCCCCCGAAUUAUCCACCUCCGUUCUCCACAAACCCUGCAACGUACUCUCUUACACCUUCAGCAUCAAAUGUACCGCCUACCUAUUCAGUGAAUACAACCCAACCACCACACUUUGCCCCAAGAGAACAAACUCCGGGCUCUAAUGUAUCUAUGGUGAGCUCUACAGUAGGGGGGUCUGAAUUGAUGAAUCUGGUAGAUCCCGGUAAGUUGGAGUGGUCAGGGGAGACGUAUAAUAAAGCACAAGAUGUUCCUUUACCGUCCGACUGGAAGAAAGCUUACGAUGGAGAAGGCCGAGCUUAUUAUUAUCACGUUGUCACAAGGUUAGUGAAAUUAUUGUUUAUUGAGUUUCUCGUCACUCAGCAAGAACCGUAAACAGAAGUAGUCACCCCCUGGAAAUAUUCAAAAUGGCGCACGUCCAGGGGGGUGACUGCUUUUGUUUACGGUACUUGCCGAGUGACGAAUCAUGACGAAUAGCGCUUACGCAAAAAAAACAAUGGAGAUGGCCUUCUGUACAGUCUUCUGUGUCAUUGGUGAGCGGAUUUCCCAACAGGCUUAUUGCCCAAUUGACAGGGGAUCCGAGGUACCUACGAUUUAACGUUCUUAUCCGAGAAGACGCGAAAGUCUAACCAUUUACUGAUGUCAAUGUAAAGGUAGCUCCGAGUCUCCUCAAUUAUUUUGAGACCUUGAGUAGAGGUCCGAGCAAGGAUUGAACCCAGGUCUUGGGCUUGAAAGGCAAGCGUGUGUUGACCACGACAUCACUGAUUUCUAUUCCAGGCAAACACAGUGGGAACCUCCGGUUGCUGAUCGCAGUCCACCUACGCCAGAGCUUGGUUACCUUGGUGAUGAACUAGAUUCAAGUAUGGAUCCCAGUCUCUUUUCAUCACACAUUUCUCAGGAUGUCACGAUGGUAGGUGAAAAUAUGUUUUCCACUGUUUCCUGGUUUGGCCACUUUCGGGAAACAUGCAUAGUAGACAAUGUACUGUACGUUUCCUUGUUUGCUCAUCUUUUGGAAACAUGGCAUGCAAACAAUAGGUUUCCUCCUGUACUUAACUCGUAUUCACGUGGCCAGGCAUAUUUUUCACGCUUGCCCGGUGUGAUAUACACUGAUAAUCACCUGAGUACAUUGCACCAACACAGAAAAUCGUAUUCAACUGUUGUUUAUUUGUUAGGAGGUUGUUGAUUCUACAAAGCAGCGAAAGAAACCCAGAACGCCAUCCACACCGCCAGGUUCGCCUCCGAAAAGCCCUGUAAGCAAGUACACAACGGCAGCAGCCGAUACUACGGAUAUCAGGAAGGGUGCUUACUCUCCUUCAUCGUUAUUGCAAGGACAACAUCUCACACCAGAACAACGAAAACGUCGAGAAACGUUCAGAAUGAAGGUUAGUGGUUUGGCCAAGCUUCGGUGGGAAGUGCGAUCAAAUGCUCUUUAUACCCAUUAAGGCCGACUUACACUACAAGUUUUGUCUAAAACCUUUUGGGGUUUCUUUUGGGGUUUGUUUUGAGUUUGUUUUGAGGUUGUUUUGAGAUUGUUUUGGUGGUGUUUUGAAUUUUUUGGGGGGUUGUUUUGAAUUUUUUUAGGGGUUGUUUUGGAUUUGUUUGGGGUUGUUAAAGUUUGCAAAAACUUGUUUGCAGACUUGUAACGACUUGUGCGGUUUUAUGUAUGUACUGUAUGUAUGUGAAUUUUGCGCUUGCUUUACAUGAUAAUUUCUAUUUGUUUACAUAUUUAGCUUUCAGCUGUGGUCGUCAACUAUCUCAAUCCUUAUCACAAGCUCGAUUGUAAAAUUGGAAGAAUUACGUCGGUACCUGAUUUCAAAUUUCUAGCCCGGAAAGUAAGUUCGUUUUGCUCCAUAUAUUAGCACAAUGCUAAAUGCCUGCCCCAUUCACUUCUCUAACUGAGAGUCCUGCAAUAUGUACAGUCUGCUUUUGCAUCAGUCACAUUGGAAUAGAACUUCCAGUUCGACUGUUGCGAAUAUCGCAGGCAGAAUCAGACCAACAAGUGACAACAUUUACUGGACCUCUAGGGAGAACAGUGUAGAACUGAUAGAGCUAUCCAGUGUAUAUUAAUAAAGUUACUUUAGUUGAAGAUUGUUUACAUUUUGAACUGCUAUACAGUAUUUGUAAAAUAAGACAUACUAACUGAAUAUCUAACACUUUUCUGUUUCGCAAUUGUAAAUGAAUAUAAACUAGAGUACGUUUCAAUUCAAAAAAGUUCGAAAGAUGCAAAAUUUGGGCAAUGUUUAUAUCUGUGGGGCCCCUUUGUUAUGAGCAGAAUUGAUGCGCAGAACGGACUGGACAUGAACCAAUAAAGGAUGAAUCUUUCUGGACCUCUAGCAAGAACAGUUUAGAAAUGAUAAAGCGAUCUCUCGUACAAAUAAAGUUAGUUUAAAAUAUUUUUUUUAACUCUAGUUAACUCAUGGUGUUAUGGUGAAAGAAUUAAGUCGCAUUAAAGACGAAAGUCAGUUAGCUUGCAACGACUCCGUGAAAAUUAAAACUAAAGAAUAUAUACGUAAUUAUAUGCAGAAGUUUGGCCCGGUGUACAAGGCUUCAUGA